CGCACACCCAAAUUCGGAUCUCUUUCACAUUCAUCACCUCCCAUUUCAACAAAUAAAAAAAAACCUUUUCUUUAUUUCGCCAAAUCUGAUUCUUUCCUUAAUUAGGGUUUUUGCUGUUCUCGUGGGAUGGAGGGUUACUACAAAAAACGCCAUGUUGUGUUCGUGGGUUUGAUAUUGGAACUAAUGCUGUGUUUUAGGGCAAAGGGUGAACCACCACAAGUUCCAUGUUACUUCAUCUUUGGAGACUCUUUGGUUGACAAUGGAAAUAACAAUCGGCUUCCUUCCCUCGCCAGAGCUGAUUACUUCCCCUAUGGCAUUGACUUCCCUCAAGGCCCGACCGGUCGGUUCUCCAAUGGGAAAACCGCCGUUGAUGUGAUGGCUGAAAUCUUGGGGUUUGAUCAUUACAUUCCUCCCUAUAGUGAUGCGGUUGGUGAGGAGUUACUCGACGGAGUGAACUACGCUUCAGCCGCCGCGGGAAUCAGAGAAGAAACGGGUCAACAACUGGGAGACAGGAUAAGCUUCAGACAGCAAGUGCAGAAUCAUAGGAGGUUGGUGUCAAGAGUGGUGAAUAUCCUUGGAGGCGAGGAAAUGGCGGCUAAUCAUCUAAGCAGAUGCAUCUACUCGAUUGGGUUGGGAGGUAAUGAUUAUCUCAACAAUUACUUCAUGCCCCUUUCCUACCCCUUCAGCAGACUAUACACUCCCGACCAGUUCGCCGAUGAUCUUAUCGAUAUAUACAGUAAGCAGCUCUGUUUGCUGUACAGGUACGGGGCGAGGAAGUUCGUGUUGAACGGAGUGGGACCGGUCGGGUGCACCCCGGCCGAGUUGGCUGGGAGCAGUCCCGACGGCAGAACUUGCAUCGGCCGUAUCAACUCGGCCAUUCGUAUCUUCAACCGAAAGCUUACGUCUCUCGUCGAUCGAAUCAACGGCAAUCUCCCCGGCGUCACAUCCAUCUAUACUAACAGUUACGGCAUUUUGUUGGACAUUCUCUAUAACCCCUCUUCGUAUGGGUUCAGAGUAACAAACGCAGGAUGUUGUGGGGUGGGGAGGAACAGGGGUCAGAUCACAUGUUUGCCGGGAGAGGAUCCGUGUCCGAACCGCGACGAGUACGUUUUCUGGGACGCGUUUCACCCGACCACGGCUGCAAACGCAAUCAUCACUCGGCGUUUCUACCGCAGACGCACUUUUUCCGACGUUUAUCCCAUGGACGUCUCCACGUUGGCACAACUCUGAUCAACAAGUUCUUGUUCAUACAUAUCAUGAAUGUGUGCGUGUUUUAAUUUUUCCGAUUAAAUUAUUAUAUUAAGUUGGCCUUAGGAAUUUAAUCAAGAGACAGUUGUGUAUGUGUGGGCCUUGUCCUAAUUUUUUUUUCUAAUCA